UCAUAUCAGCUGUAGAUGUAUAUAUAGGUACUAACAUUCUGAUAAAAUGCAUAUAAAUAUCUUUCAUAACUGUUACAUACAAUCCACAUUUGUUAAAUCUUAUUAGUUCUUAUUGGCAGCCUUACAUAAACACUCCAGUCAUUAUAUGUAUUGCAAAUUAUGUCCCUGUAAAAGGUCUUUGUUGCCAUGGAGUCCAAACAGAUUGUGUGUUUCAAGCGUUUAUAUGUGUCUUGUAUAGCAGGCUUAACCAGUUUAUUAAUUAUACGUAUAAAUGCAUUGUGUGAAUGAUGAUUGUAACUAAGGUUGACAUACAAGAGCUUUGUAUGUAACACUGAAUAGGCUCCUUUCCGUUUGCCAAGUCAGUAUUAAAAACACCUGCAACUGAUGUGACAACUGGAGUAAAGUUCAUCCCCAGUGGUAGCUGCACACUGGACUAAACUGUCAGCUUUCUGCUGUUACUUACUUAAUGCUCUAACAAGUCAUUCAAAAAACUGAACGUAAUAGUUUCUGUAUUAUGGUCACUAUGUUAAUACGGUUAAUCUAAACAGGUAGGCUAUGGGAGUAGUAAAAUUUGAAUUUCAAAUAGAUGAAAAAUUAAAUAUUAAUAAAGAGCAACACUUAAUAAGGAAUAUACGCCAGGGUUCAUGCUGACUGAUACUAUUUUCCUACUAUCUUUUAUGCAAUAUUGCAAGGUUUCCUCUAACAGCUUCCUUGAAAACAAAAAAAAUAAUUAAUUAAUCGUGGUCUACAUUAAUGGAAUGAGUAAUUCCUUGGUAUUAAGCAAACAUUUAUUCAUCUAUCGGCUUAUUUCCUGUUCCUCUUAUGAAAGGACCGACAGGCGAUAUUUAUGUUUAUCUAGGAAGACUAUAAUUGGAGUAAGCGAUACAUUCAUUUUCCUGGCUUCCGUGUUUAAUUUGCGCAUUUGAUACAUCAGCUAAAUGCAUUUGUUGGGGGCUAUUUCAAAACAUUUAAAAAUAUACAAGCAAAAAAUAUACAAGUUAAAGUUAAAAAAUAAUGAUUUUGGUCAUUCUUGAAUAUGUUGUUAGUAGUAUAAUAAAGACUUAACAGCCUGGUAAACAUUACAAUUUGUUUACAUUACUUAUGGUAAGGGAAAAUUUCCAAAAAGAAAUUAUCACAAGAUGUUGACGGCUCGCCGGUGCUUGAUUAAAUGCCAAAUAACUGCCAAUUCCAAACGCGGGAGGUAGGUAUGUUUAAAUUAUCGCUUCGCGGCUAUGCCAUUCAAUUAACGGCAUUUUAUUGCGAAUUCUUACUCCCCACGCCCCAUCUCGCAGUGUGCACCCCGGCCUUAUUCUAGGCGUGAGCCCAUCCGCAGCCGUACGGACUUCUCAUUAGUCAUGGCGCAAUUCUCUUCCGCUCGCUGAGCGACCGGGACCCGUGGAGCCGAGAAAAAAGGAUGGGUGGUUGCGCGCUGCGCCGCAUUCGUAAUAGCGAUUCACCAACCCCAUCUGCGGAUUUUCUCCGGAGUAGCUCCUCUGUAUGCCCGGGGCUGUAACGCAACUCAAAACCUCACGCUGUUGUGAAUGAGGGGAUGCAUGACGUCAGCGUUCGAAUGUCAACAAUGUAGCGAUUGAGAGUAGGCGUUCCAUUAGAGCGUAACAAACAGCGGAGAAGGAGAAGCACGCCGUACUGGAUCGAGACGCGUUUUGACGUCCGUUUAAUAAUAGUUUUAUAGCCGACGAGAUACCAUUUUUGCACGGCGAAGAACCUGAAACCCUACAUCGAAACGUAAUCUUCCUGCAUCCUGGGAGGGUUAAGAAACUCUGGAAGGAAGUCACCAUGCGAAAAAAAAAGAUCUAAUUUUGUAAACGGACAUAAAGGCUGGACUUCAGGAGAAAAAAGCGAAAGUUAAAAGGGCGCGAGCGGAAUGUCCGUGGAUGAGAAGCCUGAGGCCCCCAUGUAUGUGUAUGAAUCGACGGUCCACUGCUCCAACGUGCUGCUGAGCCUCAACGACCAGCGCAAGCGCGACGUGCUCUGCGAUGUGACCGUGCUGGCCGAGGGCAAGGAGUUCCGGGCGCACCGUGCCGUGCUGGCUGCCUGCAGCGAGUACUUCCUGCAGGUGCUCGUGGGUCAGGCCGAGCAUGAGCUGGUCAUCGGCCUGCCCGAGGAGGUUACUGCCAGGGGAUUUGCCCCAUUGUUGCAGUUUGCCUACACUGCUAAGCUGUUACUGAGCAGAGAAAACAUCCAGGAGGUCAUUCGCUGUGCCGGAUUCCUGCGCAUGCACAACCUGGAGGACUCCUGCUUCCGCUUCCUGGAGGCCCAGCUCCUGAGCAAGGGAGACGGCCUCCUGCGGUGCCGUAAUGUGGAGGACAACAAUUCGGAGGAUGAGCACAUGCAGCCUGAGGCUACCGGGACCAGCUCUUCGCGGACGAGGCUCCGACACGAAGCUCCAAGUUCCCCUCAUCUCUUGGAUGAGGAGAGCCUGGCUAUACCCAUCUCCGGUAGCCUCACCGACGGCCAUGCACACAUUGAAAGACAUGGCUCCUCGGACCUUCCCCACUGCCCGAAAUACCGGAAGUACCAAGGGGCUUAUGGCAAGCACAAUAAUGGCACCUCCUCGCAUACCAGUACCUCAGGUUUCUCUGACACGUUCACUGAGAACAGCCCCUAUGGACAAACUCGGUUGGUGAUCACGCAGAUCAAGAACGAGCCGCCGAUGGUGGAAGACACCCUCCCGCUGUGCCUGUCUGGAGACGAGCAGGACUCCCGAGAAACCAAUGGCGUGUCAGAGAUGGAGACGGACUGCAGACCACACAGCCCCACAUCCGUAGAAAGAACCUGGGACUCAAAAUCACCCAACUGCCUCCAUUCGCUCUUCAAGAAGGACGCCCGCUUAGUAGGUCUUCCCGAUGCCUCGCAGCAGCUGUUCACUGACCGAAUUUCUUGUCCCCAAGACAAAAGGGCUACUCAGGGUGACCACAAAAAGGAUUAUGGGUCAUUUUCUGGGGAGUUGGGGUUGCCGGCAACAUCCUUCAAGGAGGGUGAUGGUUUCCCGAUUGGGAUCUCGUUGAAGGCAACUUCCUGCGACAGGGUCUGCAAGCAGGAAAUGGAACUGGAUCGCAGGAGUGUUAUUUUUUCCUCAGGAGCUUGUGACCGUUUGGGAACCCCAGCACAUUCUUAUCCAGGAGGGAAUGCUUUGGAUAAGGAGCUCUCGGAGUUCAUGCCAAAGGACGCAAGGGGUGGCACGAGUCAGUCCUUGCCAUGCUCCCAGACAUACUCGCCUGGCGCAACGGUGGCAGAGCCUCUGUUGCACUGCCGCUCACGUCCCAAAUCCAGCUGCCCCGUGCCGAUUAAGGUGUGCCCCCGGUCCCCACCCUUCGAGACCAGGACGCGCACCUCCAGUUCCUGCUCCUCCUACUCCUAUGCCGAGGACGGGAGCGGGGGUUCGCCCUGCAGCCUUCCCCAAUUUGAGUUCUCCUCGUCCCCCUGCUCCAACGCCACCCGCUGCCUAGCCACGGAGCACCAGGAUCAAGGGAUGGCCGGCGACGCCAUCUUCACCCAGGUGCGCCCCAAGAUCAAGUGUGAGCAGUCGUAUGGCACCAAUUCCAGUGACGAAUCAGGGUCCUUCUCCGAGGGGGACAGCGAGUCGUGCCAUGUGCAGGAACGAGGGACGGAGGUGAAACUUCCUUUCCCGGUCGACCAGAUCACGGAUCUUCCACGCAAUGACUUCCAGAUGAUGAUCAAGAUGCACAAACUGACCUCGGAGCAGCUAGAGUUCAUCCAUGAUGUCCGGCGCCGGAGUAAGAACCGCAUCGCGGCUCAGCGCUGCCGUAAGCGGAAACUGGACUGCAUCCAGAACCUGGAGUGUGAGAUCCGCAAACUGGUGUGCGAGAAGGAGAAGCUGUUGACGGAGCGUAACCAGCUGAAGGCCUGCAUGGGCGAGCUGUGGGAGAACUUUUCCUGCCUGUCCCAGGAGGUGUGCCGAGAUGGGCAGCUGAGCCCCGAUCAGGUCCAGUCCCUGAAUCGUUACUGCCCGUUCCUGCAUGCUGGGGACCCCGACGUCAGCCACUCCCCCACCUUUGCCAGCAACGACGCCGCCACCAGCAUCGACCUCACUGCCAACUCAGAUUCCCCCACUCCUGAGCCUGGCUGCUGCCCGUCUCCUUGUCCCUCUGACAGAAAGCUGACCUCCAACCAAUGGGAGCCAGGCAAGGGUGCUGAUUGUCUGGGGGGCGUGGCAGUGGGGCAGGAACACGGUGUAGGCCCACCUCCAGUGGGCGGGCCCUCAUUCGAAAGGUGCAGUCAGACUGUAACGGUAGAUUUUUGCCAGGAAAUGACUGAUAAAUGUACAACUGACGAACAGCCCAGGAAGGACUGUACCUAGCAGCGAUGGGGGGCCCAUUUGAUACAAUUUGUUUGUCGCUAUUCUGCUUGUGCUGUUUUAAAGGUUGACACUACAGUUGUCUUAACAACAGCAAUACAACAGUUUCCAGGUAUCCUUUUGUAAACCAUGACAAAGUGGAACCUGAUAUCCUCAGAAUGGUGCUACUCCUUGCUCUCGCAGGGAACCAUGUUUUUAACUCGACUUUUUUCUACGUACCGCCAAACUCGAAGGACCUAAGCCCCACAGCAUUUUUUGUAUCACGUACCCCCUUUUCUCACUUUCUCCCUGCCU